AUUCAAAUACUUUUUCUGCAAAGAGCAACUCAUACUAUAAACAAAUACAGUUAUUACUGUAUGUUUAUUAUGCACUCACUAUUAAUCAUUUUCGCUCAUUUUGUUUUUCGCUCCGAACAAAAAAUAUCAAGCGACUAUGUACAUACGAAUGAUUUCUUCUAUUUAGAAUUGUGUGUCAAUCCGGUGAUGCUGGUACAAUACCACGCACUGGUUUUGUUCUUUUAAAAUUCGGUUUAAACGGUCCACAAAUUUCUUCUCGUCAAAUAAUAUCAUAUAUAAAUCCAACAAUUAAUAUGAUUGAACCACUUAUUGGUAUCGAAAGUGGUGGUACACUUCUAACAAUUCAAGGUGAAAAUUUAACAUUAGGUAAUAGUCAUAUAUCAAUAUCAAUUGGUAAUCGUCCAUGUCAAUUAUUAUCAUUAUCUCGUAUAAAAAUUCAAUGUGAAACAACUUUAUUUUCUCCUUUAAUGUUAAAUCAACAACAACCAAUAAAACUUGUUUUUGAUCGACAAACAAAAAUCAGUGCAGAGAAAUUUUUUACGAUUGUUCCUAAUCCAAUUUUAUAUUCAUUUGAUAAAUAUCACCAGUUUCAAAGUUUCAUGAGUGGUGGUCAUCAAUUAAUAAUUGAUGGUGAUAAUUUUGAUACCAUACAAAAUAUACGUUUAGAAUUUAAACGUAUUAUAUUUGUUUCAUCAUUAUUUCAUAAUCGAACACAUUUAGUUUUUUUAACACCGUCAAUACAAGAAUUACAUUUAAAUAAUGAACAUGAUUAUCAACAUGAAAUUGAAAUUAUUAUUCAUUUAGAUCAUUUUAAUAAAACAUCAUCAUUAAUUUAUAUGAAUGAUCCACUUAUUUAUGAACUUGAACCAAUGUUACAAACAUAUACAAAUGAAUUAAUUAUUCGAGGUGUAAAUUUAACAGCUAUUGGGCAUACAAAAAAUGAUAUUAGUAUUCAUAUUGGAUGUGAUUUAUGUCCUAUUAUUCAUUUACAAUCCGAUAAAAUUAUAUGUCAACCACCAUUUUAUCGUCCGAAAAAAUAUUCAAAAACAAAUCGUCUUUGUUAUGAUUCUGAACAUCCAUGGAUUAUUGUUACUAUUGAUAAUAUACAUUCACAUGUUGGAUAUAUGAUGUAUCCAAAAAAGAUUAUUAUUCUUGGUAAGAACUAA